GCCGUUGGCCGUAUAACUUUUCCGUGCACUGUUCAGAGGCAGGGCGACGAGGAGAGCCGCGAGCGAUAGAGACCUAGGGGAGGGGGGGAGCGGGCUGUCUGCGGCGCGCGGGGACCCAGCCGAGAGGCGCAGGAAGGAAACGCCGCGGCCGCUCCAGCGCUUUGCCACCGCUCCGGGUCCCGCCUGUGUGUAACUUGUGCCCGGCGCUGAGGGGCUUUGCCCUGCAAUGGAUUGGGAGAGUUACGACCCCUGAGCCCGGGACCCCCCCUCCCUUUCCCCCAGCUCCUCUUGCCCGAGUCCCCGUCUGGGCUGCAGGAAAAGCCGCCCCCUCUAAGACGCGCAUCCCCCUCCCCAGUUGCGCCGAAGAGUCAAGUCCGGCUUCCCCGUGGGUUUAAAAUGGAGGGACGCAGCCCGCGGAUGGCUCUGCAGCCCCGGACACCCAGCUGCGCGGCGCCCAGCCUUUAGGGGAGCGGGGGGGAUUCCUGCGCUUCCAUUCACGCCCCUCUCCCGCACGGAGCUUCGGCAGGGGCCGCGCCGGCCGAGAGCGAGCCAGCGAGCUAGGAAGCGAGCUCCUCGGGGGGCUGCUGGGGAGGGAGCGGCGAGCCCCGCUCCGGCGGCGGCGGCGGCGGCUGCACCACCUGGGCUGGGCUGGUGGAAAGGAUCGUAGCCCAGGGCGCUUUCGCUGCAGCAGCUCGUGAAGAUUGUAUUUGUUUCCCAAGUGUUUCCGCACGAUCACGCCCACGGGGCGCCGCGCGCGCGCGUGUUUCGCUGGAAAGCCCUAAUUACGGCGAUUGCUGAUGGACCUUGGAAAGGAGCCUGCCCUGGUGCCCUGCUCCGCACUGGGAGCGCCCGCGCCGGACAGAGGUCUGCGUCUGCCUGGUGUCAGCUCGCCGGGCCCCAGCGCUCCCCCUCUCCGGGCUCGCUCCCUUCCUGGCCCCUGGCAGCCGCCGCCGCCCGCUGCUUUGGAGGAUACCGCAUAGCUCCUGUGAUCCCGGAUUUACUCUCGCCGCCUCCUCGCCCUUUCUCCCCCGGUCCCCCCUUGGAUUACUUGGCUGCUCUCGCUCGGCGAUUCCCCUUGCAAUGGAGAAAUCCAUUGGAAUAUUAGUUCAAGGAGGUGCUUUGGGGACAGUUGGCAGUGCAAUGGCUUCCAAGUACCUCAUAGUGGUUCUGGCCAUUUUCUCCUCUUUCGCCCAGGUUGUAAUAGAAGCCAGCUCUUGGUGGUCUUUAGGUAUGAAUCAUAUGAAUCCUAUGAACCCUGUUCAGAUGUCAGAGGUAUAUAUAAUAGGAGCACAGCCACUAUGUAGUCAACUAGCAGGACUUUCCCAAGGACAGAAGAAACUCUGCCACUUGUAUCAGGACCACAUGCAGUAUAUUGGAGAGGGGGCAAAGACAGGCAUUAAGGAAUGCCAGUAUCAGUUCAGACACAGAAGAUGGAAUUGCAGCACUGUGGACAACAACUCUGUUUUUGGCAGAGUCAUGCAAAUAGGCAGUAGGGAGACUGCCUUUACUUAUGCAGUCAGCGCUGCUGGGGUGGUUAAUGCAAUGAGCCGCGCCUGCCGAGAGGGGGAGCUCUCCUCCUGUGGCUGCAGCAGAGCGGCCAGGCCCAAAGAUUUACCCCGGGACUGGCUGUGGGGUGGCUGUGGGGAUAACAUCGAAUAUGGCUACCGCUUCGCCAAGGAGUUUGUGGAUGCUCGGGAGCGUGAGAGAAUUUAUCAGAAAGGUUCUUACGAGAGUGCUAGGAUUUUGAUGAACCUGCAUAACAACGAGGCUGGAAGACGAACUGUGUAUAACUUGGCUGAUGUGGCCUGUAAGUGCCAUGGGGUGUCUGGCUCCUGCAGCCUGAAGACCUGUUGGCUGCAGUUGGCUGAUUUCCGCAAAGUGGGUGAUGCCCUGAAGGAGAAAUAUGAUAGCGCUGCUGCCAUGAAACUCAACAGCCGGGGCAAGCUGGUGCAAGUGAACAGCCGCUUCAAUACGCCCACCAUCCACGACCUGGUCUACAUUGACCCUAGCCCCGACUAUUGUGUGCGCAAUGAGAGCACCGGCUCCCUAGGCACCCAGGGCCGCCUCUGCAAUAAGACCUCAGAGGGCAUGGACGGCUGCGAACUCAUGUGCUGUGGCCGGGGCUAUGACCAGUUCAAGACAGUGCAGACGGAGCGCUGCCACUGCAAGUUCCAUUGGUGCUGCUAUGUGAAAUGCAAGAAGUGCACAGAGAUCGUGGACCAGUUUGUGUGCAAAUAGGGGGUGAUGAGGUGGGAGGAGCGUCUUCCGCCUGCCAGCAGGGGUGCUACCUCCAGGACAAUCUCCACUUUAUUUAUAGAGUCCAAUGAUUUUUUUCUUUUUUUUUAUAAAGGUUACAAAAAGAAGUGACUGGAACCUUUUCUGCACCCAUCCUAGGACUGUGUGUGGUUUAUAUUUUUGGCAACAAUGGGGGAGAACCCAAGAAAAUAUUUAUUUUACCCCCAAAAAAAGACUUUAAAAAAAUAGUGUAGUUUGAAGGGAAAUCCAACAUAUUCUAACUUAGUCCCAUGAGUCAUAGUACUUGUGCAACCGGCAAAGAAUUCUGAGGUGCUUGGGAUCUGAGAAUGAUCCUUAUGAACACAAUAACCCACAAACCUGUGCAUGAUUUUAGCUUCAGUGACCAAAAGUAGUCUGAUAGAUACAUACAAAGUUGAUCAAUAUAUCCAGGGGUCCAUAAAAGGAGGGUUGAUAUAUCCACAGGAGGGCUCAGCACAAAGUUACUAUGAUGUCAAUCACAUGACUGCAAGGUGCUAAUUUAAAUGUGAGGUAAUUAAAAGGUACGAGCGCAUAAGACUUUUAAAGGGUUCAGCUGUGUUAUUUAGGACCGAAAGUCUUGGGUCCAGUAGCUAGCAAGACCAAGAAAAAAAAUCUACCUUGAUUGACGCUAAAAGUGUACAUCAAAGCAGGAUGUGACCUAUCAGCUCUUCAUCUAGUUAUGUAUGAAGUGUGAGUAUCCCAUCUUAGCAAGCAAUGCCCUACUGAUAAAGAAUAUCAGGAGCAAGUGACCUCUGAAUCUCACCGAACAGUGUGCUCUGGUCUGACCCAAUAGAAAUUGCACCCCUGCAGCUGUUUCACUGUCCCACUCUCUGGAAAGCCCUUUAGGAAACAGAAUUCCCCUAAUUUGAAAUGCCUUUUUUUAAAAAAAAAGUCGUGUGAUAGCUGGCCAACUUUCAAAACACAGCUUAGUAAAUAACCCCUCAUAUCCAAGGAAAUUAAUAAUUAAUGAUCAAUCAUUCUUGAGAUGGUUGGUUUAUUGUGGAUUUGGGGAAAGCUUUGACUUGAGGAGACAAUAGUUUCAUCUCUUAAUGAUGUUAAGUGGCUAUUUUAGUUCAAUGAAAUAUUGCAGCAAUGCCAAAUUUAUCAUCUGAUGUCUUCAGUACACGUGCUUUAGAUAAUAUAUUGCAGGUAUACACUAAAACUGUUCAGACUAUACUUGAGCAGUUACAUAUAUACGGGAAAACUGUGGUCUGCUGGUGUCUGAUAUUUCAGAGCUUUUUGUACAUAUAUAUUUCAAUACAGCCAGUGAUUUUUAUAAAACUGCUAAAGUUACAGAGGCAGUUCAUCAGUUAGGAGCAUAUUAUUCCCCCAUUUCCUUUCACAAAUCACUUUUAGGAUUUUUUUUUUAUACUGAUUCUAGCAUUCUUGGUGUCAUAACACAAAGGGUUUUAAGAAUACUUUAAUCACAAAGAAUAAGCCUUUUCUUAACCUAAGGGGGCUUCUUGGGCUACAGGUAGAACAGAUACCAUGCACUUGAAUUCACACUGGUUUGGAGACUGCUUCUCUCUUCCACUUUCCUGCAAGGGCAUUAUUGAUGAUCAUUGACACAGAAACCUUAAAAUUCCCUAGCACAAACUCUAUUUGGCCCUUCGUUUGUUUUAAGGUUUUUUUAAUUUUUUGAGAUGGAAAUCAGUACCUACUACAGCAACUUUUUGCAUUUUCCCCAAUACAGUGUAUUUACAAAAACACAGUUAGCAUUUGUAAUUGGUUCAGAAACCCCAUCCCAUAAAUUAAACAAAUUGGCCUUCAAUAUCAAAUGAGAGAAAUCCUCCACUUUAGCUUAGUCAUACUAAAGCCUUAACUUCUCACAAGCCUAUAACCUGUUGCAUUAAGUUCAUCUUGAUCAUUUAUCAGCUUUUUAAAUGAUGCUUUAUUGCUCUUAAUUUAUUAAGAACAUAUUUACCCCUCUCUUCCAGAUGUUUGCAAACAAAGUAUCUUAAAAUUAAAAAAGGCACUACUUCAUUGAAUAUGUCACUUUUGGUUUUUAUUAUACAAAAACCAUAGUCCUUUUUUAUUUGCUGAAUCACAUCUUGUUCCUUUUUUAGUGACUCGUGUCUGUGAGCAGAGCUGAGUCUAACGAUCCUAGCUUUUAAAAUACUAUUUAAUGUAAAAUAUUUUACUUGUCAUUCAGAUAUUAUGUAAAUCUUCUAUGUCAUUUCCUCUGUUUGUUCUGUACAUUUAAUGUACAUAUUUCUGUCUUGCGUGAUUUGUAUAUUUCACUGGUUUAAAAAAAUUUUUUUUAAAGGCUUUACGCCAUAAUGGAAGAUAGACUAUAAAAAUAAAACUUUGGUUGUAUGUUG